AUGGAAAAUAUCCCUUUUAACUUUGGGUUUCCAAUUAACCAAGCUGAAGACGACGAUGAGGAACAUUGUGAGUUGUCGGCUGAACUAACAAGGAUCCUUGAGCACGAGCAAAAAGAGACUCGUCCAUAUCAAGAGCCAGUAGAUGUUAUCAAUCUGGUUUCUGAGGAAGUCAGAAAAGAGGUGAAAAUAGGGGCAUCCCUUGAAGAGAGUGUGCAUACUGAGUUGGUUAAAUUGCUUCAAGAGUAUUUAGACAUCUUCGUUUGGUCAUAUCAAGAUAUGCCCGAUUUAGACACCAACAUUAUCGAGCAUCAUUUACCACUCAAGCCUGCAAAAGGUAGGCCUUUGAUCAUAUAUCUCACUGUAUUAGAUGAAUCGAUGGGAUGUGUACUUGGUCAACAUGAAGACACAGGCAGAAAAGAACAUGUCAUUUACUAUCUUAGCAAGAAGUUCACUGAGUGCAAGACCAGAUAUUCACUCUUAGAGAAGACUUGUUGUGCUCUAGCUUGGGUUGCUCGACGCCUAAGACAAUACAUGUAUGUUACCCAAAAAGUUAUCAAAGGGAGUGUGAUAUCUGAUUAUCUUGCUUAUCAACCUGUGGAGGGUUAUCAAUUAAUGAGGUUUGACUUCCCAGAUGAGGACAUCUUGUUUAUUAGAGAUUAUGAGAUUCCAGGCCCCGACGAAGGAUCCGGACCAGGAUCGCGAUGGAAACUCGUGUUCGAUGGUGCUUCAAAUGCUCAAGGUCAUGGGAUUGGGGAAAUUAUUACUUCUCCAACUGGCUUUCACCUUCGAUUCACUACAAGAUUAUGUUUUUAUUGCACCAACAAUAUGGCAGAAUAUGAAGCAUGUAUCUUUGGCAUUGAAUCAUCCAUUGAUCUAAGAAUCAAAUCCUCGAGGUGUACGAGGAUUCAACUCUGGGAAGAGAAUCAGUUAGCAGACAUUUUCGCUACCUUGGCAUCCAUUUUCAAAGUCAAGUGGAAAAAUGAAGUGCCUUCAAUCCAAAUUGAACACCUGGAUGAAUCUGCAUAUUGUCUAGUAACUGAGGCAGAAUCUGAUGAUCAAGCUUGGUUAUGCGACAUUAAAAGGUAUAUAGAGAAACAAGAGUACUUUGAAAAUGUAUCCAUCCCUAAUAAGAAGGCUUUGAGAAAACUCUUAUGCCAAGUUCUUCUUGAAUGGGGACGUGUUGUACAAAAGGAAUUAUGA